UUUGAGACACGUGAGCUCAGCCAGGAGGGGCCCUGCGAUAUGGACUGUGGUCGAGAAGACUCAGGACACGGCACACACUCUCAGCUGCCACACCUUCACACACGGCCUGAUCUGCUCUCCAACAGUCCAGGAUGCCUUCUGGCAGUGUGCUGUCCUUUGUCAAGAGCCUGUCUAGGCGGAAGCCUCUGGAGCCGGAUGGUGAACAGUCUGACUUUAAGCGAUGUUUAACCACGCUGGACCUGGUAGCCCUGGGAGUGGGCAGUACGCUCGGAGCUGGUGUCUAUGUCCUGUCAGGUGAAGUGGCCCGAACUGUGGCCGGCCCCAGCAUCAUCGUUUCCUUCUUCAUCGCGGCCGUGGCCUCCGUCUUCGCAGGGCUGUGUUACGCAGAGUUCGGUGCCCGUGUCCCCAAAACAGGCUCGGCGUAUCUCUACAGCUACGUCACUGUGGGGGAAAUAUGGGCUUUCAUUACAGGGUGGAACCUCCUGCUCUCCUACAUCAUAGGUACUUCCAGUGUCGCCAGAGCCUGGAGUGGCACCUUUGAUGACCUAAUCGGGAAUGUUAUUGCUAAUUAUUUGAGCGAGCACGCAGCCAUGAACUUACCUGGACUCGCCCCUUACCCAGACUUCUUUGCAGCUGCCCUUAUUAUGCUUUUAGCAGGUAUCCUUGCUUUUGGAGUGAAGGAAUCAGCAAUCGUCAACAAGAUCUUCACUGCGGUAAACAUAGUGGUGUUGUUGUUUGUCAUCAUCUCUGGAUUCAUCAAAGGUAAUAUCGGAAACUGGCAGCUGACUGAGGAGGACAUCAUCAAUGCCUCAGUACCCGUAAAUGGCUCGGCCAUAAACAGCACUGUUCUAGGAAACUACGGAGCUGGAGGAUUUUUCCCGUUUGGAUUUGAAGGAACAAUAGCUGGAGCCGCCACCUGCUUCUAUGCAUUUGUGGGAUUUGACUGCAUUGCUACCACAGGUGAGGAGGUUCAGAACCCCCAGAAGUCCAUCCCUGUGGGUAUCGUGGCGUCUCUCCUCAUUUGCUUCCUGGCUUACUUUGGCGUGUCGGCCGCUCUCACCCUUAUGAUGCCGUACUACCAGCUGAGCGUACAGAGCCCUCUCCCAGUGGCCUUCACUUACGUGGGCUGGGAGCCGGCGAAGUACGUCGUUGCUGUAGGGUCUCUGUGUGCCCUCUCCACAAGUCUGUUGGGCUCGAUGUUCCCCAUGCCCCGUGUCCUGUUUGCCAUGGCCAGAGAUGGACUGCUCUUCAAACCGCUGAGUAACAUCAGCUCAAGGCAAAGUCCUGUAAUAGCCACUCUCUCUUCGGGAGUGGUGGCAGCCAUUAUGGCCCUCGUGUUUGACCUGAAGGCCCUGGUGGACAUGAUGUCCAUUGGCACUUUGUUUGCCUACACUCUGGUAGCCAUCUGUAUCCUCAUCCUCAGAUACCAAACAGAUUCAGAUGAAAUGAAUGACAAGCAGAAGUGGAAUCUUCUACGACCACCUUCUUCACCCACUCCGACAAGCUCAAAGGUUGUGUCCUACCUGACCAUUUUCACAAUUGUACUCGCAGUGGUUCUGAGCGUGAUUCUGACCAAGGGAAUAGAGUUAGUGAAGGAGUGGUGGAUGAUUCUCAUCAUCACUCUAGCUCUGCUGUUCUUGCUAACCACUGUCAUCAUCAUCUGGAGGCAGCCACAGAGCAGCGUCAAAGCUGCCUUUAUGGUUCCUCUUCUGCCAGUGCUCCCAAUUCUUAGCACUUUUGUCAAUGUCUAUCUCAUGGUCCAACUGGGAGGAGAUACAUGGAUCCGCUACGCAGUUUGGAUGGCAAUAGGCUUAUUGAUCUAUUUUGCCUACGGAGUGUGGCACAGCGUCCAGAAGAAACGAGAACAAACACCUCACAGUGUCCAAGUUAAAACUGUCGGUGCUCAACUAGAGAAGGCCAACAAAGACGGCUCCUUCCCACCGCUGCGUCAAACCAAGUUGUAACCAGUGGUGCGGCUAACAGACUCAGACUCUGCCUUAAUAGCUUGAUCUGAAAUGAAAACGUAAAGAUUCAUAUUGGAUCAGCAUCUGUGCAUUAUUGAGAAUCUGUAUUCUGAACACCUGAAAUGUUUCCCAGACCGGGAUUAAGACUAGUCCAUUCAGAAUGCUGUGUAGUCCAGGGCUGGGCUUAUUCUCAUUCUGGGAAACCCGCUUAAUGGCCUCUUUUCCAAUGUCAAGCCAAAUGGUUCUCAGGGCUGUACUGGGCCGUUCCGUGCUGGUCUGGACUCGCGAGACUGGUUAUGGUUUCUUUUUCCAUCUGUUGUUCCACUAAAUUAGAACUAGGAAAUACUGAAGAAAAUUGCACAAAUGAGUUGCUAACUGCUAACAGGCUAACUUUUACAAGCAUUCCUUCUGUCACUCCAACACCAGUCUCUCAUGUGCUCUCAUCUUCUUUAUCAUUUAAACAGGUGGUAUUUAAGCAUCUGUUACUGAAACAGCCUGGACUGUGUUGGGCUUCAUCUGUAACGUUAGCUGGCUAACUACACUAGCAUUGGCGUCGCCCAGCAGGACCAGCACCACAGAGCAAUUAUAAUUUUUAUCCUUCUGUCACUUCAACUGCAGACAUUUGAAUUUGUGAUCUCAGAUACAAGUCUUGAUCAU